AUGAGCAUUUUCUGUGUCGACCAUAUGCCGUUGUUCGGGGAUCCUACUACCAAGCUCGGGGAUACGAAGGCCGAUCGAGACAUGAGAAGAAGAUUUUAUCAGAGCGGCCUUCACCCGGCGGCCUCGCGUAGUGGUCCUAACGUCCUCGGUCACAAUCACUAGUAAACUACUUUUUUUUUUCUUUAGAAACUUCCUCCCUUGUUUGACGUCCUAAACCGAGGUCAAGGAUUAUUAUUUUCCAUUUUCGCCAGUUUUCCGGAAACGCGCGUGUUGCGGGGGAUUUUCGUUCAUGUGUGGCCAAAAAGUUCGCGUUUUGGAAGUUAGUUUUUAACCCUUUUUUGGAUCGCAAAGAAAAAUGAAACUAUUUUUGAAAUUACUGAAGCGUUUUGGGACCUUCCAGAAGCAUUUUGGGACCUUUCUGAAGCAUUUUGGGACUUUUCUGAAGUGUCAAAACCUUAGCGCCACACCAAAAAGACACCAAAAUCAUUACAUUUUUCAACGGUGAAAGCUAACGCGUUUUUCAACAUAUUCUACCAAUAGCAAUUCUCCUUUUUCACCCCGUUUAUGAUGUUCUGAAAAGAACUUUUUCGCUACAAACGUCGAAACCAAUCCUUCAAAGUGAGGAGAUAGAUCCGAAGAAUUUUCGUUCGAAUGUUAAAAUAUCGCGAGAAAUCCUCUUUAGCCGAGGACCAAGAACUUGAGUGUCUUGUUCGGAUUGCACUUUUUAUCCGUGUAGGGACGAGAUCGGCGGCGGUGGGCCUUCGGAUGCCCGCCUCCAUUAUCUUUCUCGACCGCCGCCACUCGUCAACGUCCAAAUUGGCCUAUUUCUACCGCCGUUUUCCUUUUCUGACUUUCUCUCCUUCGGACACCGGAUAUACUGCUUUAAUCACAGUUGCUCUCUUUACUUUUUCUUGCAUCACUUGUAGCUUCAACUGUUACCUUGUCCUUGAUUUUUAUCAAUUUACCACCUUAUUCAAAUAUUUUUGAUUAUUCUUCUUUUUGCAAGAUACUCGAAAUCAAUUUUGCGGAAUUUUUUUAUUUCACUUUUUUCCAUCUUCUAAGAGUACGAUUUUUCAGUGGCGACUUCGGUUCAGCUGCAAUCUCAGAGACAGGCCGAAAAAGGUCCGAAGCCAUGCUCCUGGCACUAGCCGCUCUCCUUUCUUUCGCUGUCGCCGACACCAUACGUACGUUUUCAUCAUUUAUUGAGUUCCACGCUUUCUGACAAGCUCUCGAGUUCCAAUAAACACGAGAAAACGAAGUUGAUUUUGUAAGUCUAGAACAACUAUUUCGUUGAAAUAAACUACCAACCUGUGAUAAAACGUGAACGCAGUACACAAGAGGCAGAAUGCGUUCAAUAUUAGACAUGGUAGAACAGAUUACGAAACAGAUUAGAUCCCUUGUUAGAGAAAAAAAAGAGAAUUUUUAUUCAAGAGAUCAUCCAAGUUCCUUACAGCAGUGGCCGUCAGUUUUAACACCCUUAGCCAAUUUUCAAGGUAGUUCUGAUGCCUUUCCAGCUAGAUAAUUUUUUUCAUUUUUAGAAAAAUUCAAAAACAGCCUAACCAGGGUUAACUCUCUUUGAUCGAUUAACAAAAAGAUUUUUCAGGUUUUUUGAAAAGUAGAAUCCGCUCGAACACCAAAAAAAAUCUCUAUUAAUGUAUUUUUGCUAAGGAAACCUAUUCAGAACCCUUUCUAAAAUUUCCUUAAAAAUAAAUUAUAGUUGAUGGCGGAAAUCCGCAUAAAAAAAUAAAGGUCCCGUAACGAUUCCCUUUCUGCUUGCGCCAUAGUCCUCUGAAACAUCAACCGUUUUUAAACUGAAAAUUUUUUUCCAGAAGAUCCAUAAAUAUCUCUUAUUCGAAUGAGGUUUGUUCUCGUAAGCCAUCUUUUAUGUCAAAAGUGAACAUUACUUUUAUUUAUCCCCGCACAACUUGUCAUUCUUAAUUUCGACAGCCGCAGAAACACGGCGAUAUCUGAGAGGCCAUCUUGGCGACGCCUGAUACGGACACGCGAUCUUACCUUCCCGACCUACUUACCUGCAUUCCUUUUUUCUCGCGUCAACCGCUUUCCACCUUUGUAGGGAAAUCAUAUCGUCGUUCUGAUCGAUGAUUCAGAAUACAAACAGACUUUCAUUGGACCCGAACUUUCAGAUUUCUAAGACAAGAGGUCAUAUGCAAACCACUCUAUAGGGGCCGAAAAAGUGGUCCUGAAGAGGGAAAGUCAAAGGGGUCUCUAUAGGGGUUUAAGGUCAGACCCCUGAGCUCCUGAAGCUCAAGUGGACCUUAGAGGAGUCUUUCCAUUUCAUUCGAAAAUCGCUUAUUUAUUCAGUUUUCCCAUGGUAAUGCUUCUUCGCUUAGAGUUCAUAAAAUUUAUCGAGUAGAAUGUCCCCUAUAGGGAGCACUUUUGCAAGGUUUAGUGGCCCCUAUAGGGGAUGCUAAUGUGAUCCCUGAAGGGGCCAUUCAAGGGCUUCUAAGUUUUCCUUUAUAGGGACCACUCUGGAGUUUCUAAGGAAGUUAACUUAGAGACCCCUGGAAAAGAAAUAUUUAUGAAAUAUUUUAAAGAGAAGUUCUCAUUUUUAUAAAUGAUCAAAAAAAGGUAUAUGAAUAUGGAAACAGUUUUACAAAAAAAAAAUCGAUCAAAUCGAUAUUUGAAAAUGGGUCAGGAAAGAGAAAACAAAAUGUUAAAAAUGAUUUAGCACAGGCUAAGAAUAAGAGAGGAAAUUGCAGCGUCGGUGGCGGUAUGCCCCGCAGGCACUCAGACGGUCUUCCUGAUGCAGCACAACGCGACGGUCGGCGCCAAAGUCCGGACGAUCCCUUCGAGCAGCCUCGGCGAGUGCUCCGACCACUGCGCCGUGUCCAACGUACUUGAACUUCUCCCCCUAGCACAGUGGAAUAUUUCCCGAUUUCCAGGACUGUCAAGGAAUCGAGUACGCCAAUGCCAACUGUGCAGUUUUCCGCGCCGGACAGGAAACGCCGGCCGACAAGAGCACUGUUCUCACGAAGAGCUGUGUCAAGGUGAGCUUUAGGCUUUAUUCACUGUAGGCGACACUGAUUCUGACUUUUGAUAAUUUACGAAUCAAGGCAAAACUUCGUGAUAAAAGAAAGUUGCGAAAGUUUCCUCACUUUCUCGGAAAGCUUCUGCUUUUGGUUCCUCGGAAGCUUCCCAGCAAGUGGUCAAACGCAUUCCACAUAUCUUCCCAACACCUUUUACUUACCUGCCGGAAGCCUUCCAGAAGCGUUUCAGCAGGCCUUUUCCAUUUUUACCUUCCAACUACCUUCCGAACGCCUUCCAAAGGCUUUCCCAAGACCUUCUAGCUUCCAUCCAUCUUCCAAUUUCCCCAACACCUUCCCAGAAUUCGCCCUGGCCAUAUUAAAAACCAUUUAGACAAAUUUUUUUUCUUUCGAUUAGUGAAAUUCUUCCAGAAAAAAAUGAAUUGAAAAAAAGAACAGUUUUUUUGCAAAAUGGGGAAGAACCUUGAACCAAACUUUGGCGAAUCUUGGGAAGGUGUUGGGAAGGUAACCAGCAGGAGGUUGGAAGGUUUAUGGAAGCUAGAAGUUCUUGAGAAAGCUUCUGGAAGGUGUUCGGGAGGGUGAAAAUGGAUAAUCCCUCGCAGAAACCUGCGGGGAAAGCUUCUGAAAGGCUUUCGGCAGGCUUUUUUCUGAGUAGAAGGUGUCAGGAAGCUAUCUCGAAGGCGUUCGACCACUUGCUGGAAAGCUUCUAAACGCCUUAAGAGGAACUGAAAGCAGAUCUUCCAACUUUUACCCGAGGAGAAUAUUUUUAGCUUGCUGCUUUUCCAUCAUACUCCUUUUGAGAAACUAGUGAUGAUUUUGACCUUGACGCCGAAGUGACAUUGCAGAGUGAGCGCGUGUGCCAGUCGCCGUUCCAGUUCGACAUCUUCGAGCAGAAGAUCCUGGUGGGUUUCGCCCGCGAAGUCGUCCCUGCCGACGACAUCCAAGUGUGCAUGGCAGCUUGCCUCAACGCCUUCGACACGUUCGGAUUCGAGUGCGAGUCCGCCAUGUUCUACCCCGUCGACCAGGAGUGCAUCCUGAACACGGAAGACCGUCUCGACAGGUUCUUUGCCCUUAAAUGAAUGUUUUUGAUCGACGUCUUCAGGCCUUCAUUGUUCGUGGACGAAGCCGAUGACACUGUCAUCUACAUGGACAACAACUGCGCUGGAUGUUCGUUUUUUUUUUUGUUUAGUCUGAAAAAUAAGACCGUCAUUUAUGAGUUGAAAAAAAAUCCCGUCUGAGUUUCUGUACGGUCAAACUCUUUUCGUCUUCAACCUGGUUCCAUUAUUUCUACUUUUUGUUUCUCUUCUUCAAAUUUUGUUUUGCAGCGCAAUGCUACCCGCCUUACAUCACGCAGUACAUCGCCGUCGAGGGCAAGCAGCUCAAGAACGAGCUCGAUCGGAUCAUCAACGUCGACCUCGACUCUUGCCAGGCUCUGUGCACUCAGAGACUCUCGCUCUCGGUAUUUUCCACCUGUUGCCACAGAAGAACGCCUUUUCCUUCACAGAGUAACGACUUUAACUGCAAGUCCUUCAUGUACAACAACGUUUCGCGCACUUGCAUUUUGGCCGACGAACGCUCCAAACCUCUCGGUCGCGCUGACCUCGUCUCUACUGAAGGGUUCUCUUACUAUGAGAAAAAGUGCUUUGCUUGUGAGUUUUGAUCUUUUUCAAAAGGGCCCAGUAAAAAUAGAGUUCGUUUAUCGAGACUUGAAAGGGCGUCUUUGUGUCUCGGCGACCCUCUCAUGUUGCAGUGCUGUUUUCACGUUUCUCUGACCUUUCUUAUGAGGGAACUGAGAGACGCAGACAUUCGAAAAAUGAACAGCAAAUUUAAAAAGUGAUGAGUUUCAGCGCCGAACACGUGCCGCAACAGCCCGUCGUUCAAACGCGUCCCUCAGAUGAUCCUCGUCGGAUUCGCCGCCUUCGUGAUGGAGAACGUGCCGUCAGUGACCAUGUGCCUCGACCAGUGCACCAAGUGAGAUUCUUCGAGAGUCCUGAAAACGGUCAGAGUUUAGCCCUCCACCAGAGACCGGCGACAACUUCGAGUGCAAGUCUGUCAUGUACUACUACAACGAGCAGGAAUGCAUCCUCAACUCGGAGACUCGCGAAUCGAAGCCCGAACUCUUCAUUUCCGAAGGAGAAGAGUUUUUGGUGCGCGGAAUUUUUUUGAUAAUUUUUUUCUUAGAAGUCCAUUUCAUUCGUUUUUUUGAGUGGGAUCACUCAAUCAGUUACGCUUAUAUUUUCAUAAACCUACUUAGACCGGAGCUGUCUUAACAACCUCGGCUCUCAAGAAAGCAUCAAGAGUAGAAAUCGAACAAUUCUCUCGCAUUUUUCCUAUAGGAAGUAUGAAGCCAUUUUAGUGUUCCUAAUGAAAAUCUGUUUAAAUUUGCUCAAUCGAAUACAUAGGGCUGAAAUUCCAUGUCAGAAGAUUGUUUCAAAAUCUCGAAAAAUCGUUUUCAGGUUGACUACUUUGACAUCUCGUGUCACCUCAAGCCGGAGCAGUGUCCCUCAGGCACCCAUCUCAAGGCUAUCCGCACCAUCAACGCCGCCCUCCCUGAAGGCGACAGCGAUCUUCACGUUCUCAAGUCCUCCGCUUCCAAAGGAGUUCGCGAGUGCAUGAAGACGUCUGUACUCUUUACCUCAAAAACCGUCAAUUCAUGGUUUUCAGCUGUUCCGACCUUUCUCCUGAGAAGUGCCGCUCGUUUAACUUCGACAAGAAGAGAGGAACUUGCGACCUUCUCUACUUGGAUGGACACAACACCUUGCGUCCACAGGUCCGACAAGGCGUCGACCUCUAUGACCUCCACUGUCUGGCCGGUGAGUCACGCCUCUAACCGAGCUUUUUCUGGCUUCAAUGCUAUUAACUCCACCCUUGCUUGCUACUGUAUCAUCUGCGUUUUGCCCUAUAGCUAUGGCUCUAGUGGAAGCGGACUGCUCAGCCAACAAGGACGACGCUCUUUUCUCCCGUUACCUGCACACCCGUCAGCGUGGCAUCCCGUCCAAGACUUAUAAGGUAGCUCGCCAAGCGAAAGCUCCAUACCGAUGAUGGUAUUUCAAGGUUGUCUCGCUCAACUCUUGCAUGGAAGUUUGCGCUGGAAGCCCGACUUGCGCUGGAGUCAACUACAACCGCAGAUAUGGACAGUGCGAUCUCUUCGACGCCAUCGAUGGAGAUGCUGAUGUCAACGAGAACGUUGAUUUCUACAAGAAUCUUUGCGUAGUGAAGGUUAUCCUCUCUGGGCUGAACGUUAAUAAAGUUCUAAUCGUGCAGGAAAUCGACACUGGAGCUUCAGCGGCCGCUAACGUUCCUGAGACACGACACCGCGUCUCUGGAACUGUCGUCGAUACUAAGGACCCUCGCUCCGAGCUUCUUUCCACCAAGAAGGUGUGAGAGCUAGAAAGAUCCGAAAAUAGCCAGAGUUGAAGGUGAAAAAGCCGUCUAUCCGCAACCAAGAGCACCGACGAGCUCCGGAGUCAACGAUUCCCAUCGGUCCUCCAGUCUCCGUCUCGGCCGAUGCCAUCCAAACUAUCUGCAACUAUGAAGGAAUCAAAGUAAGCGGAUUUCCGAUAUCACUCUUCUAUGACUUCCUUGCAGGUCCAAGUUAACAAUGGGGAGUCGUUCAGCGGUGUGAUGUUCGUCAAAAACAAGUUCGACACAUGCAGAGUCGAGGUUUUGUUGGUGAUAAGAAUUCCACGAACUGAUGGCCUUCAGGUGGCCAACUCGAAUUCAGCGACUCUCGUGCUCGGCCUUCCGAAAGACUUCGGCAUGCGUCCCAUCACUCUUGAGGGGGUCGACGAUCAUGAUACUUCGGCGAAUCGCGAGACCAAGCCUGAACUCGUGAAAGAGGGAGUCGACGACUUCAGACACAAGCGUCAGAUCGAAACUCGUGACUGUGGCCUGGUCGAUCUUGUUCGUAAUCCCUCGUUUUUCCUUCUGCAAUGUGUUUUUCCAGCUCAACGGAACCUACAAGACGACUGUCGUCAUCCAAACCAACAACCUAGGAAUCCCCGGCCUUGUCACCUCCAUGGACCAACUCUACGAGGUGUCCUGCGAUUACUCGAGCAUGCUCGGUGGCAAAGUUCAAGCUGGAUACAACCUCACAGUCACGUAAGCUCAUUUGUAAACGGCAAAUUUUGAUAAUUUGGAUGUUUAGCGGUCCAGAAGCCAACUUGAUCCAGCCAAGAGGCAAAAUUGAGCUUGGAAACCCUAUUCUCAUGCAAUUGUUGACCGGAGACGGAGAGCAGCCUUUGGUUCAGGUUUUACUCUCAACUUUCUGAUUCAAGUCGCCGUUCAUCACAAAAAAAGUUCAGGCUAAACUGGGAGAUAUUCUCGAGCUUCACUGGGAAAUCAUGGCGAUGGACGACGAGCUAGACUUCUUCGUGAAGCAGUGUUACGCCGAACCGGGAGUCGGAUCUAACAAAAAGGCGUCUGGCGCUGAGAAACUGCAGCUCAUCGACGGAGGGUAAAGCAUUCUUAGAGAUGAAGAAAGUCUAUUGAAAAAUUCAGAUGUCCUACUCCGGCGGUGGCGCAGAAACUGAUUCCUGGCCCCGUGGAGGUGCAGUCGUCGAAGGUGAAGAUUGCCCGAAUGCAAGCCUUCCGUUUCGACUCUUCUUCGUCCAUCAGAAUAACUUGCGAAGUGGAAAUCUGCAAGGGAACUUGCUCAGCUGUCGAGUGUGCCCUCACGACUGGCCAGAAGCAAUCCUGGGGUCGCAAGAAGCGCGAAACCGACAAUUCCGUCGACGAAUGUUUGUCUUUUUCUCCUAAGCAGAGUAAAAAAGGAAGUCACGGAAGGCCUUCUUUUACAGCCUAGAGUUUUGCAAGGAGGCUUGCCCCGUCACAGCCACAAGACUUCUUGAAGACAAGAAAAGACUAGAGUCAGAAAGUACUAGCUAGUGAAAAUUCAGCUUGACGUAGAAUCAAUUUUAACAGUAUUCCUUCCAGUAACUGUGAUAAUUUCAAAAAAAACAGAUUGGACCAGUUGUUGAUCCAUUGACCCCUAAAAUGGCCACUAAAAUUUUAAGUGGUCUAGUAAGUAGCACUUAGACCUCUAUAGAGGUCACUAAUUUUUAAUCCCUUAAGUGGUCACUGAUUUGACUACUAUAAUGGCCACUAAAAAUUUUCCCAGUAAGUAAUAAUUUUCUUGCAAGAGCAUGCUUUCAAAGUGAUAAUUAGUUAAUGACGGGAAACAAUAUUCAAAAAAAAAUAUAUGAAUCCUUGAAAAAAUAGUAUAGCUGAUUCACGGCUGGCUUGAGCCAUCGAAAAAAGGGUCCUGUCACUAUAGGAAAAUAGAUAGUGCCUGAUUGAUGGAGAGUGCAGACAGGCUACGCCUUUUUGCGCCAAUAUAGCCGUGAAUCGACUACAUGUUUGAUAUGGGUUAUAACUGUCGCUGUAAAGAAAUAUGUUGCGAAAUAAGAGAACGUUAACAGAUGAGACGACGCACUACAAGGUUCCACGACUGUCCCACACGACGACCUCCAUCGUGAUCAUCGACCCGCUGCAGCAGGUCAACGAGCCGGUCGCCCUCUCGCGAUCGUCGUCUCUCGACUUCCUGCGCGAAGAAGCCGAGGAAGUCUCCGUGGCUGUCAGUUUUUUUUUUUUAGUUUUCUGUUCACUAGUUUUGGCGCAAAUAUACUUUUUUUUAAUCUUUGCUCGAAGCAAGCCGUUAUCGAUGAUUCAAUCAAAACGUUUCUCAUUGUUUCAAAUAUUGAAAAAAAGCAGAACAAAAAAUUUUUGACAAAGCAUUUCUUACAAAUAACAUCUUCCAUGGCGCAAAGAUCGAUUUUUUUCUCAAAAAUUUCCAUGUUUAUGUGCGAUUUCUUAUGAAUCAUUGGAAGCGCUAGAAAAUGCUCUAAAAAUAGUAUUUUUUUUAAACCUUCUAAUUUAGAAGUUCUAACCCUGAAGAAUCAAAAACUCAAAAAAAAAAAUUGAAGGGUCCUCGCUGAAAAAACCUCGAUUUUCAGCGGCUGCAUUUUAAAAAAGAAAAAUUAAAGCUGAAAUAUGAUGGAUUUCCUUUCAGGAACCCGGAUCACUGUGCUUGGCAAAAACGACGCUGGUGGCUGUGUUCGGAACGCUUUUCGUUCUGAUCGCCAUCCAGACCGUCGUCGUCGGCCACUACGUCUUCCGACGUGUGAACAGCAAGGACGGCAAGAUCUCCAGUUGA